UUUCCCGUCGUCGACUAAUAAUUAGUGCCGCUCCGUUUUUCCAGCCCCGAACCCGUCACCCUCACGCCGGAGACGGAGGGAAGCACGCGCGCAGCUUCCCGCGCGCCAUGCAACGCAACGCAAAGGGAGCUUCCUCCCUCCACCACACUUGUUUACUCCAUGAUGCUUAUGAUAUUCCAUGCCCGGGCCGUCAUAUAAACCCCCCGCCCUCCCCCACCGUAUCUUCACACACGCCGUCGCUCGCCUCCUCACCUUGUUCCUUUCCUUGUACACGCGCGAAGCAUCUCUUCUUCGUUCGAGCCGGCCGGCACGCCGACGAAACCUAAAGCCUAGCGAUGGCAGACGCGACGGCGCCGCGACCGCUCCUCCGCCGCAUGCUCUCGUUCCGGGAGCCGCUGCUGCUCAUCCCCCACCUCGUCUUCUUCCUCGGCACCGUCGCGUCCGCCUUCUUCCACAGCUACGCCUCCUUCCUGCAGUCCUUCGCCAGGUCCGUCGUCGUCCCGUCGCCGGCCGCCUGCGCCAAGUGCGCGUACGCAGCGUCGUCGUCGGCGGUCUGCUGCGAUGACGCCGCCGUCGCCGAGGAGCGGGGGGAGGGCGAGGAGCUGAGGAAGGAGGAGGUGGAGGCGAUCAUGGCCAGGAUCGGGCUGGGCGUGGCCGGCGCCGGCGAGGGGCUGAGGGCCAGCAUGGGCCGCAACGAGGUGUCCCGGCUGUUCGACGCCGAGGAGCCGAGCUUCGCGGAGGUGCGGCGCGCGUUCGCCGUGUUCGACGGCGACGCGGACGGGUUCAUCGGCGCCGCGGACCUGCAGGGCGCGCUGGCCAGGCUCGGGUUCCCGGAGGUCGACGCCGCCGCGUGCAGGGCCAUGAUCUCGUCCAGCUGCGGGUCCACGGACGGCAGGAUGAACCUGUUCCAGUUCGUCAGGUUCCUCGAGGACGGCCUCUGCUGACAGACCGAUCGCCCGAGGCGGAGCUAGCCUUACGUUUUUGAUGCGUUGCACGGUGCGCGGCUCGGCUGGCGCGGCAGAAGAUGGGGAGUGUGUGUGUGCGCGCCGGUGUGCUUGAUUGUCCUGUUUUUCCUUCUGCGACGCCAAGAGUUGGGGGUGGGUGGACUGUGCAACAAAUUAACGCACUAAUUCUCGAGCUUAUUAAUGGAAUCGAACUGAUCUCGCCAAUUUGAUCAUAAAUAACUUUGGCGAUCUCGGUCAGUCGUCUUGAUAAUACACAUUGCUCCAAAAUCGACCGGAGUUUUCUUCA